UUUGGAUCAUGUCUGGAUUUUCAUUGCAAGUAAAACAACAAGAGCUUGAAUUUUAUUUUUGUGGGGGACAAAUAGGUUAUGGAAAAGAAAUGGUAUAAACGGGUAGUGCUUUUCUUCACCAAGAAUAGGUUGUAGUAACAGGUUAGGACUCUGAGUGUCGCUGUUCACCAAUCAGGGGAAACAGAUAACCAGGAAUUUAGUCCAAAUCAAAAGAUCUCUGCAUCACAAAGCAUUAGCCCUGCGGCUUAAGGAAAGCUAAAGACUGGACCCCCGAACUCCAACGUUCAACGGUGAAAGCACAAAAUCUUGGACCUUGAAGAUCCUGGGGCUUCUCCAGUCUCCACUGAGGAAACGCCAAGAGGAAGCUGCUCUGAGGCGGGGCGGUAAUGGCAGCUCGUCCUUAUCGCCCAAAAUGCAGCCGGCUGGUCGGGAUCUGCGUUCUCCUAGGGGCCCUGUGGAAAAUCCAGGCCGAACAGAUCCGCUACUCAGUGCCUGAGGAGUUGGAGGAAGGCUCUUACGUGGGCAGUAUCGCCAAGGACCUGGGACUGGAGCCUCUGGAACUGUCAGAGCGCGGAGUCCGUAUCAUCUCCAGAGACGUGCAAAGUGGAGCGGACGGCAUUAAGUACCCUGAGCUGGUGCUGGAGCUUGCUCUAGACAGAGAAGAGAAGGCGGUUCACCACCUCCUUCUCACCGCCUUUGACGGGGGUGCCCUGGCUCACUCUGGUACUGUCAAGAUUCAUGUAACGCUUGUAGAUACCAACGACAAUGCUCCCGUAUUCACUCAGCCAGAAUACCAUGUGAAGGUUCCAGAGAACGUGCCAGUGGGCUACUGGCUACUCACUGUAAAAGCCACUGAUCCAGAUGAAGGAGCCAAUGGAGAAGUAACCUAUUCUUUCCGUAAAGUGAGAGAGAAAAUGUCCCAACUAUUCCAGUUGAAUUCUUUGACUGGGGAUAUAACAGUAUUGGGGGAUCUAGAUUAUGAAGACUCUGGAUUCUAUGAUAUAGAUGUAGAAGCCCAUGAUGGACCUGGUCUCCGAGCCAGAAGUAAGGUACUGGUGACAGUUUUGGAUGUAAAUGACAAUGCUCCAGAAGUCACUGUUACAUCUCUCAUCAGCUCUGUCCAAGAAACUUCUCCCCCAGGUACAGUAAUUGCACUUUUCAAUGUGCACGACAGUGAUUCAGGAGAGAAUGGCUUUGUCACAUGUUCUAUUCUGGAUAAUCUGCCAUUCACACUUGAAAAGACCUAUGGAAAUUAUCAUCGGCUAUUGACAUGCAGAACACUGGAUAGGGAAGAAGUUUCAGAAUAUAAUAUCACGGUAACUGCCACUGAUCAUGGAAUGCCACCACUUUCUACAGAAACUCAAAUCUCACUGCAGGUGGUAGACAUCAAUGACAACCCACCUGCUUUCCCUCAUGCUUCCUACUCUGCCUACAUUCCUGAAAACAACCCCCGAGGAGCCUCCAUUUUAUCCAUGUCUGCCCAAGACCCUGACAGCGUUGAGAAUGCCAGAGUCACAUACUCCUUAGCUGAAGACACACUCCAUGGGCUGUCUCUGUCUUCCUAUGUUUCCAUCAACUCUGAUACUGGUGUCCUGUAUGCACUGUGCUCCUUCGACUUUGAGCAGGUUAGAGACCUGCAACUAUUGGUGAGAGCCAGCGACAGUGGGAACCCUCCACUCAGCAGCAAUGUGUCCUUGAAUAUUUUCAUUGUGGACCAGAAUGACAAUGCCCCUGAAAUCCUGUACCCCUCUCUCCCCACUGACGGUUCCACAGGCGUGGAGCUGGCGCCCCGCUCCGCAGAGCCUGGCUACCUGGUCACCAAGGUGGUGGCAGUGGACAGAGACUCUGGCCAGAACGCCUGGCUGUCCUACCGCCUGCUCAAGGCCAGCGAGCCAGGGCUCUUCGCGGUGGGGCUGCACACGGGCGAGGUGCGCACAGCGCGGGCCCUGCUGGACAGAGACGCGCUCAAGCAGAGCCUGGUGGUGGCGGUGCAGGAUCACGGGCAGCCCCCUCUGUCGGCCACCGUCACGCUCACCGUGGCCGUGGCCGACAGCAUCCCGGACGUCCUGGCGGACCUGGGCAGCAUCGGGACCCCCGCCGACCCAGACGAUGCGGACCUCACGCUCUAUCUGGUGGUGGCGGUGGCGGCAGUCUCCUGCGUCUUCCUCGCCUUCGUCAUCGUGCUGCUGGCGCUCAGGCUGAGGCGCUGGCACGCGUCGCGUGUGCUCCAGGCUUCAGGAGGCGGGCUGGUGGGCGUGCCGGCCUCGCACUUCGUGGGCGUGGACGGGGUGCGGGCUUUCCUGCAGACCUAUUCGCACGAGGUCUCCCUCACCGCGGACUCGCGCAAGAGUCACCUGAUCUUCCCCCAGCCCAACUAUGCGGACACGCUCAUCAGCCAGGAGAGCUGUGGGAAAAGCGAGCCUCUUCUGGUAACUCAGGAUUUACUUGAAACAAAAGGAGAUCCUAGUCUUCAACAGGUGAGUCAAUCUUGCCACACAAAACACAGGCAGAGAGCUAUAUAAACGUCUCCAGUUGUAUAAGGUAAUAGACAUAUUAGGUAAUAUGUGAAGUAAAGACACUCCUUUUUUAGUAUUUUAUUACU